AUGCCUUCUACCAAGCAAAUUAUUUCGGCGCUCGCCAUGACAGCGAUCGCCUCGGUGAACGCUGCCAUGGGUCCUGCCUUCAGCACUGGCCCCGUUGCUUCGGACUCUUUCAUCCGUGAAUCGACUUCCACGCUGGUCCUCCCUAAGACUCCUAGCGGCUCUUCCGGUGAUGCUUCUCUCUGGGUUGGUAUGGGCACCUCGAAUGGUGAUCUGAUCCAGUCCAUUGCCGACAACUGGGAGUCGACCUCGUGGAGUAUCUUCGCCUACACGCUGCUCUCCACCAGCGCGACCACCCAAAUGCCCGUACAGGGUGACUCUUCCACUGCCAAUGCUGGAGACAAGGUGACAAUGCACUACAAGUUUGAUGAUUCCACCGGUAAUUACACUCAAACUGUUCUCGUCAACGGCGUGAGUGUUUCGACUCUGUCCACCAGUGAUGGAAAGGCCCAAGGUUGGGGCAGUGCCAUUGAGUGUGCCGAGGAUAACUGCGGCACCAUGCCGGCUCACACUUGGAUUGACACGAAGAUCAUCCUGGAUACCGCCGACGCAAACUACAUCAACACCCUGGCCAAGGGCGACGGUGUUACCGGUGAUUUGACAACCAGCGAUAAUGGAAAGACCUGGACUGUUAGCACCAUCAGCAUUCCUGAAUUCACCUUUGGCAGCUCCUCGCAAGUCCAAUCAUCUACUGAGGUAGAGAAAUGA